UUUGGCUUAGGUGGGAUGGAGUUCUUCUCUGUCGGGGGCUUGGACGAGGUGAGACGGGCUUGGACGCGGGUGGAGGACAAGGCGUUCGAGAGGGCGCUCGUGGUGAUCCCGGAGGGAACCCCGAAUCGGUGGUCGCUGAUCGCGGCGCAGGUGCCCGGGAGGACCCCGAGAGAGCUGUGGCAGCACUACCAGGAGCUGGUACAGGAUCUUGCGGUGAUCGAGCGCGGGAUGGUGGACACGCCCGCCGAGUGGGACGACGAUGACGACGACGACGAAGAGGUGGACGGUAGCUCCGAUGGAAGUUCCAACCACCGCGGACCGGGUGGCCUCCAGAUCUCCUUCGAUCGGCGCCGCAGAGGGGAGCGCCGGCGGGGGAUCCCGUGGACGGAAGAGGAGCACCGGUUGUUCCUGGAUGGGCUGGCAAAGUAUGGGAGGGGAGAUUGGAGGAACAUUUCGAGGUGGGCGGUGAAAACAAGGACACCGACUCAGGUUGCCAGCCAUGCUCAAAAGUACUUCAUCCGUCAGAGCCAGAACGCUGGCAAUAGAGAGCCCAAGAGAAAAAGUAUCCAUGAUAUCAGCAAUCCUUGAACUUGUACGCACAAGUUCUGAAAUGAUGACAAGUGACUAGGUUAUGCUCUUUAAUAAUUUGGCUUUGUAGCUGCUUAGCUACACAAACUUUCUUGUUCUCUUAAUCGGUUGAAGCUUUUGUGACACUGUUCACCAUCGUACUACAUGUUUUUUUCUAUUAUGAAAUGCUUACGCAUCUCACGUCCAUGGUGAGAUGUAUGUGGCCUUAUAUGGGGGAGUUUGUCGCUGGUGAAAUGCUUAGGUAUUAUGUUUUAACACCGACUCCACUUUUUGAUUUGUCCUUUCUAGUAUUAUCUGACUAACAGUUAAAAACCACCCUUUAUUUUGUUGACACCCUUCCGAAAGAGAGAUCUCCUAAUACAAACCAUCCUUCUAAUGACCUAACCUAAGCACCUAGAAACUAGAAAGGAGGUAAAACUGGGAGAUUGGAGCGAACCGAUGUGAAAAGAGUUAAUCUACCACUAAUUGGAAAGUGAUUUAGGAAACCAAAACCUUCCAAUCUUCUUUCAAAAAUCUCAACAGGAGGUCUUCAAUGACUUCCUUUUAAUCCUAUCAGGUCUCAAAGAAGAACCCAAAUACUUAAUUUUAAAAUUAUGAGUCCUCUUAUAUUCUGGAUAUAUAUAAGCAAUUAAUAUAUCCUCAACAUUCAUAGUUUUUCCAAAAUACACCAUG